AUGUCCCGGACUCUACUCUGGAUCGGCCUUGGCAACAUUGGGAGGGGCAUGUGCCGAAAUCUCGUCGAGCAAGCUCAACUCGACAAGCCACUGCUCAUUCACAACCGGACUGUGAAACGUGCUACGGAUCUCUGCCAAAGUCUGCCAAAGGGCAAGUCCGAGGUUGCAGAGUCUCUCGCUGAUGCCAUUGGCAAAGCCGACAUCAUCUUCUCCUGCAUCGCCGAUGACAAGGCUGUAGAAGAGGUCUUCGCCGUUGCUACUAAUGGAGACAUCAAAGGCAAAGUAUUUGUCGAAUGCUCAACCAUUGCUCCCGAGACGACCGACGCUGUCGCAAAGUCGGUUUUGGAAAAGGGCGCUGAGUUCAUCUGCGCGCCCAUCUUUGGGUCCCCCGCCAUGGUAGCCGCUGGGAACGCGACGUUAGUUCUUGCAGGCCCGGAAUCGUCGAUCAAGAAGAUCCGCCCGUACGUCGAUGCGAUGGCGGCCCGGGAAAUCAACAUGGCCGACGAACCAUACCGCAAGGCAUCGACUCUGAAGGUGCUUGGUAAUACCGUGAUCCUCGGCAUGGUUGAGCAGCUUGCCGAAACAUAUGUUGCUGCAGAGAAGAGCGGCCUGGGAACGGGUUACGUGAAGCAGUUUGUUGAGGCCAUGUUUGGUGGCAGCCCGUACCCGGCGUACACAAACCGCAUGCUGGAAGGCGACUACUAUAAGAGAGAUGAGCCCCUGUUCGCCGUGGACCUGGCGAGAAAAGAUGCCCGCCAUGCCAUGGCUAUUGCGAAAGCUGCCGGCACGCGGUUGCAGAACAUCGAGACUGCUGACAAGCAUCUUGAAAUCGUCAAGGCACAUGUUGGACCUUCGGGUGACAUGGCAGGUAUCUACGGUGCAGUGAGGAAGGAAGCUGGCCUCAAGUAUGAAAACGACGACUCAUAG